AUGAAAUUUUUCGUGAUUUUCAUAUUGAUUAUUAUUGGAGAAGUUCAAACAAGAAGAUAUCGAAAAAUGAAUGAGGUGCGGGGGAGAACAAUUUGAUUUUGGGAAAAAAAUACAUCAGAAAACAAGAUGAAGAGAAAAAGGCCAUGAAAACUUGAGCACAGAAAUUGAACACUGAACUUUUUUCGAAACCGGUUGUAAAUUGAUAGAAAUUUUUGAGAUUUUUUAUUGAGAGAAAACAAAAAAUCAAAUACGAUGAACUUCUGAUACCAUGGAUAUACAGUAUUUAAUAUAGAACCUCAAAUAUCCAAGCCUAUAUUUUUGAAACUUUCCGCAGUGGACCAAAAAUGUUUUCUCGGAAACUUUUACUUCUUUUUCUAAUUCCAGCUUUUUCAACGAGCAAUAACAGUAAGUUAAAAUUGUAGUAAAUUUCUAAACUACAAAAUAAAAAAAAAUAAUGCGUUUUAAUUUUCAGAUAACAAUUCAUAAUCAUGCAGAAGCAAAUGUUAGAAUAAGAUGUCAAUCUAUUAAAACUGAUUUAUUAGACAGAUUUCUUGGACCAAUGUCAAGUUUUCGAUUUCAAUUUUAUGAUAUUGAUAGAGGUAGGGGAUGGUUUUUUAAUUUUUAAAAAUUCUAGAGAUCUAUGUUUUGAGACAAAACAAGUAAUAAAAAAAGAUGCACUUGGAAAAAAAGUAGUAAACCUUGCAAAUUAAAAAAAUUGUCUGAUCGGAAUUUCAAUUCCUAAUUUCAACCAAGUCAGUCAGUUCAAAAUAGCCAUAUUAUUUACUAUCCCAAGUUCAACAAAAAUACGAAUGAAUAAAUAAUGAUUUUCCGAAAAAAGAAGAUUUUGUUAUUAUUCUUAGUGGGCAAAUAUGCAUUGUUUAGCUGAAAUUUAUUAGUUGAACAAAAUGAAUGUGGAAGAAGUGUGGAGUUAAUUUGUUGAGUCAGAAAAAGAAAAGACCAAAUUAGUGAAGGGAUUAGGAGUUAAGAGACGUUAUUUGUAAUUUCUCGAAAUACGAAGAACAAAAAAAAGUGAUGAUCUUCGAUUUGGGUCUAUUUUUGGUAAAAUGAUGCCCCACGCCCAUAGAGUUGGAAAAUAAAGUGAAAUGACGCAAAAAAAUUUUUUGAGGUCGGGGGGAUUUUUUUGAAAAAAUUUGGCCGAUCCGUAAAAUGGUUCAAAAUUCAUAUUUUUUGACGUUCAAAAAAGCAUUCUGCUCGUAAUUCAAUGAUCUUGCCAGUGGUAAAACGAUCCAUAAUUCAUUCUCUAAUUUGAAAUAAUUAUAUUUUUAAAAAGUGAAAAAAUGAUGAAAUUUCGGUUAAAAUCAUCAUUUUCAACCUUAAGGAGUCAAAAGCGCACUUUUUAACUGCGUGCAAUCGCUUCCUCUCGCAAUUUUACCCCCGGGAGCGUAUGUUAAAAAAAAUAAACGGAGGACCAUCAUUUUCAUCCAGGUCGAUGAAAAGCGCCAACCAAAACAUUUGUAGGUGCAUUCCAUGAAGAGUUCACUCGAAACGCUUGAUUUUGCUAAUCUAAGUGUCACGAGUUCAAUCCCCAGUGGAGGCUCUUCUGAAAAAUGGUUUUUUUUUUCGAAAACUCAUUCAGGUCGGUACAAAUUUCAUGUCCUUAACACAAUAUUUUGGAGGUUGCAAGAGAGUAAUACAAUGCAUUUCAUAAUGAUUCACUUUUCGUAAUUCCACUCUCCAAAUGGAUUAAAUUGACUGAAAAAUCAGUUAUUAAGGCGAAUUGAAUAAAAAAUUGACAAGUGCGACCACAAUCAGGUACGUAUGUAAACUCAUUUUCAUUUGAAAAUAACGAAAACUACAAACAUAUCUGACCAAUGUUUGAAAAUUGUGUUCCAAGAGGAUAGAUUCACCUCAAAACGAUUUUUGUUGGAAAAAUACCAAAAAAGUAAGCAAUGUAUUUUUAGUCGACAGAAACAUUAUUUUCUUUCAUUUCUGACAUUGAUAUCUGAGGUUGAUAAGUUCUAAAUUUACACCGAUGUAUCCAGUAAGAUCGUCUGGAAAUUUGACGAAAUCGUUUUGAAUUAGGUGAAUUUAUCCUUCUGAAACACCAAAUUUUUUUCAAUUUUCAAACAUUGGUCAGAUAUGUUUGUAAUUUUUGUUAUUUUCAAAUGAAAAUGAGUUUACAUACGUACCUGAUUGUGGUCGGACUUGUCAAUUUUUUAUUCAAUUCGCCUUAAUAACUGAUUUUUCAGUCAAUUUAAUCCAUUUGGAGAGUGGAAUUACGAAAAGUGAAUCAUUAUGAAAUGCAUUGUAUUACUCUCUUGCAACCUCCAAAAUAUUGUGUUAAGGACAUGAAAUUUGUACCGACCUGAAUGAGUUUUCGAAAAAAAAAACCAUUUUUCAGAAGAGCCUCCACUGGGGAUUGAACUCGUGACACUUAGAUUAGCAAAAUCAAGCGUUUCGAGUGAACUCUUCAUGGAAUGCACCUACAAAUGUUUUGGUUGGCGCUUUUCAUCGACCUGGAUGAAAAUGAUGGUCCUCCGUUUAUUUUUUUUAACAUACGCUCCCGGGGGUAAAAUUGCGAGAGGAAGCGAUUGCACGCAGUUAAAAAGUGCGCUUUUGACUCCUUAAGGUUGAAAAUGAUGAUUUUAACCGAAAUUUCAUCAUUUUUUCACUUUUUAAAAAUAUAAUUAUUUCAAAUUAGAGAAUGAAUUAUGGAUCGUUUUACCACUGGCAAGAUCAUUGAAUUACGAGCAGAAUGCUUUUUUGAACGUCAAAAAAUAUGAAUUUUGAACCAUUUUACGGAUCGGCCAAAUUUUUUCAAAAAAAAAUCCCCGACCUCAAAAAAUUUUUUUGCGUCAUUUCACUUUAUUUUCCAACUCUAUGGGCGUGGGGCAUCAUUUUACCAAAAAUAGACCCAAAUCGAAGAUCAUCACUUUUUUUUUGUUCUUCGUAUAUCAAGAAUUUUUGAGUUUUUACAAAUAACGUCUCUUAAUUAGAAAAAGUGAAAAAAUGAGAAGAAAAAAAGUGAUGUGGAAUUGGAAGUGAAAGAAAGUAACAUUGGAAUUAUGUAUUCUCCGAUGGAGCAAAAAAUAAGGAAAUUUUAUUUUUAGGAUGAGUACAAAUAAUCGAAUAACAAAAAAUAGAGUGAAAAAAAUACUAUUCUUCGAGUAUUCAGAAAAAAGUGCGAAAAAUCGCAGAUCAUGAAAUUUGAAAGAAACAAAAACAAUAACAGAAAAGCAAUCAAAAACCAUGUGAAAAUAAAUAAAAAACAAUUCUGAUUUUUUUCAGGAAACUUGCAUUUUUGGUGUGAUGCUUAUGGACUUUUUGGAUUUUUCGAAUCAUUUGAUGUAUUUGGAAGAAGUGCUUCAACUCAAAGAAAUGUGACAUGGUUAGUUUUUGUUAUUAUUUUUUAAAGGACCACUUUCUUAUUCAUUCAACAAAAAGGAAGCAUAUGAGUUUAACGGAAAUGCAAAAUGUUGUAGGUGUUUAUGCACAAUUGAGCAAUGUAUUUGUAAGAAAAAUAUUGAGAAAAAAAGUGAGAUGUUCAUUCAUACUUUUGAAAAUUAGCAUGAUUAGGAAAAGAAAAUGAGAAAUGAAUUUGUAUGUGUCUAGAUGACGUUUUCUAUCGAAAGAAUCAAAACUCAAAACGAAAAGAGAGAAAGAGUGAACAAUUGUUUGUCAAAGCAAUUAUGUAUUCAUUCAAAUAAAUUAGGAUUGACAUUUACCAAAAUCAGAUAUGUCUGAACAUGUUUUUUUCAUCUCCAAUUCGAAUUCUGAUUUUUAAAAUAAAUUUUGCAAAAGGUUUUUGGAAUUAAGUGAAUUCGAUGUGCAAAAAUGGGAAAAAACACCUCUACAAGAUUUUGUGAAUUACAGUAAUUACUUCUCUUCUUAGAAUUAGAAAUGCAUUUCCACUUUUCAUUUUCUGUUUUCACAAUCAAUUUCCAUCCGUUCACGUUAUAUUAUAAUCGAGAAAAAAAUUAUUGUUGAUUUUUUCAGGUUUCUCAAAAACGAUGGUCUUUAUUUGGAAAAUGUAUCGAAUCGAAAAAUUGAAUGGCAAUGGGUUUAUCCACCAUUCGAAACCUAUGCAAUCGAAUCAAUUAAUUCAAUCGAUAUUUCUUCGUUGCCAGUUUGGGUUCCUUUUCAAGGAUGA